GCUGGUUGUCGUGGACAUAUGAAAAAACACUGCCACUUAGUGGCCACACUCUUGGAAUGCACCCCAAUCUAUGGUUUUGCUGGUACUCCUUAAAGAGUUAGCGUUGCCUCUAUACUGGAUAUAAAGAACGUAUUUUCUGCAAUUGUAUUAUUCUAUUUCAAAAUGAUCCUCUGCUGCAGUUAAGUUACGGACUGGAAUUUUUGAAGUAAAAAACGAACUAUAGAGGAGAGACAUCAUGGAUUUUGUGACGCAUCAGCAUCGAUUGAGUCGAUUAUACAGAGAGUACCAAAACAAUGACAUUAUUUCCCUACAUUAUAAUUAUACAGGAAAACUCAGCACAAGCAGGUACAAAGGAGGAUUAAAAGCAGAGGCCGUGGUCUUUUUGGUGGUCUGCAUCUUAAUUGUUCUGGAGAACCUAAUUGUCCUCUUAGCGAUCUGGCGCAACAAAAAAUUUCACUCACCUAUGUUCUACCUCCUUGGAAAUCUCACCUUGUCAGACCUUUUGGCUGGAGUGGCUUAUAUGGUGAACAUUGUGAUGUCCGGUGCCAACACCUUGCGUCUUACUCCGGCCAUGUGGUUUGUCAGAGAAGGAGGAGUCUUUGUCACAUUGACUGCAUCAAUUUUCAGUCUCCUCGCCAUAGCCAUUGAACGGCACAUCACCAUGGUUCGUAUGAAACUUUAUAGUGGAGAUAAGAAGGGUCGAAUGGGCUUGCUCAUUGGAGCAAGUUGGCUGGUCUCCAUACUUUUGGGGGUUUUGCCCAUAGUGGGAUGGAACUGCAUCAAUAACCUCCCUUCAUGCUCUACCAUCCUACCUUUAUACUCCAAAGAAUAUAUCCUGUUUUGCAUCAGCAUAUUUAUAGCUAUCCUUAUAUCCAUUGUGGUCCUAUAUAUACGCAUAUACAGGAUAGUAAAGCACAACAGUCAACGACUUGGAACACUUCGAAAGGGGGCAUUGAGGAAAUCCCAAAAGUAUAUGGCACUUCUUAAAACGGUAACCAUUGUUGUGGGCACAUUCAUUGCUUGCUGGCUUCCACUCUUCAUUCUGCUCCUCUUCGAUGUCUCAUGUGAGGUCAAUGCCUGCCCUAUUCUUCUGAAAGCUGACUAUUUCCUUGGCCUGGCAAUGAUAAAUUCUUUCCUGAACCCUAUCAUCUACACUUUGACCAGCAGAGACAUUAGGAGGGCCAUUCUCAAGCUGGUCUGCUUUUUCUGUUUGGCUUCUGAGGAUGGCGAGACCAGGUGGAGAUUUGGUAUCUUUCCCAUCCUUGAAGGAAGCACUAGUCGGUCUGAGAAGUCAUCUCAUAAACAGGAAGGGCUGGAGACCACUGUAUCUUCAGGAAAUGGAACCCCCACCCCAGUAAAGCCUCUUGUAUCCAAACCUGUGGAGUAUUAAUUUUAUUCCUUCUGGUGCCCUCAAUAAACUUUGUCAUGAAAAUAUCAUAAACAAUCCAUUGUUCUAUUUUGUUCCUAAAUUAGGACGAUAAACGGCAGUGAUACAUUGCUUGUUCUGCCAUUCUUUUGAUAAAUUUUCCCGGCAGAAGAGGAUUUUACACUGUGCCAAAGUUACAGCGAAAGCACUUCCAAGCAUGGGACUUGGGUGUUUCAUCCAUAUUGAAAAUACAUUGGUUCUAAGAACAAAUGAGUUUUGCAGAAAAAAAUAAAACUAUUAUAAAAACUAAAUGUGAAAAAUUUAAUAUGGUAAAUAUGUAAACAGAGGCUAGCAAUAUUGUGGAUCUCGGCUUCUGAUAAAGUGCAAUACUCACGACCCCCUGUGAUGAUAUUGUACAGUUCAUGGGAGUUGUAGGUUAUCAACAGCUAGAACACUGGUCAACCAAUCAAUUAUAUAUUAAAAUAAAAUAUGCCUUAAAGGUGCUCCAGAGGUGUUUAAUUCAGUUUCUUCAUCAGCAAGCCACACCACGUCUAUGAUGACAUCAUUACUAGGUAACAUUAAUGAAUGACUAGGUUUUCAGUAGAAUAUGACUACAGAUAAUCUAUUGUCUUAUUGCCAAAUGUUUUGCAUGCAGAUGAAAGUACAGUACUUAGCGCUCAUGCG